AUUCUGCAGUUGUAACAUCCGCGUCUCCAGUGGCUGCUCCACCAGCAAAAUUUAUUUCUAAAAACUAAACUCAGGGUCUUUCUCAAGACCGGAGCACGGGGUGUACUGGACACAAGCCAGAGUAAAACGUGAAAUUGACACUAAAAAGCAUCGAAAGCUAAACGGAAAUCGUAUAUACUCGUAUGUGGCCAACGGAAAAAGUCAGUGAAGCCAAUUUAAACGAACGACAUAAUAAUAAAUACAACAUUGAGAGGCGCAGCAUAAGUAAAGAAAAAUUAAUAAGACCCGUGUCGUGGCUGCCGGAUGGCGGUCAGCUCGAGGCAGUACUGAAAAAUGAUUAUGGCCGCAUAGUGGAAAAACAUAAACAUAAACGCGCAAAACCCAAAAUGGAUAUGUCCCAGUUAGCCGCCGCUUGUCACAGCCAUGAAGUGAUGGUCGACGAAGGCGAUGACGAAUGCGACAUGGAGCAGGAGCAAACUAUCACUACCGCACAACUAGAUGGAAUUCUGACAGAAUUACAACACCUGAGAGAACACAACAAUAAACUGAAGAAAAUAAAUGAUGAGCUACAGACAGCCAUCAACAACAUGAACAACGUGAACAACAUGAACAACGUGAACAACAUCAACAACUGUAACAAGAGCGGAAUCCUCACAGACUCCGACUCGGACUAUCCCUCAUUGGGGAAAAAACGUCACAAGGAUUCGUCGAGCCCAUCGCCCACAAAGACGAAGAAGAAGAAGAAGACCAACACCACACCAUCAUCAGCAACGUCAACGUCAACAAAGGCAGCGGCGUCGGCAGCAGCAACGGUGCCAUCAUCAUCAUCGGCAGCGACGGCAACAGCAGCAACGUUGCCAUCAUCAUCAUCUCCAGCGACGGCAGCAGCAUCAAAUAUGGUAAAACCAAAAGAACAAAUUCCUAACAUAUCUAUCUAUAAUUACAACCCUAAGUUACUUACUAAUUUGAUAAAAAACCACAACAUUACAUUCAUACUAGACAUUAAGAAUAAAAAUCUUGUACACCUUAAGACUACAAACAUGACAUCAUUUAUGAAAGUCAAAGAAAUCUUAGAUAACCAGCAAAUCAAAUACUUUUCACAUACACCAAAAGAACUGAAACCAUACACAUGCCUUAUAAAAAAAAUACCAUUAAGCACCUACGAUAUAGAGGAAGUAAAGGGGGCACUCAAUGAAAGCCUACCAGAUGUAAAAAUUGAAAAAAUUAAACCAUACAAAGAGAAAUUCUGGCUGGUACAGAUAAAAAAAAACCCUGAAAGUAUUAGGCAACUACUAAACCUUAAGACAUUACUAAACUGCCGCAUAUCAGUAGAAACCAUAAAACCUCAUAGAAAUUCAAUCAUCCAAUGCCACAACUGCCAAAGAUUUUCACACAUUGCCAGCAAUUGUAAACUAUCAUACAGAUGCGUUAAAUGUUUGAACGACCAUAGUCCAGGGCAAUGCCCAAUUAAAAAGACUGACAGUCCGUCCGAAGACGUUAAAUGUGUUAACUGCAAGGGGCAGCACACAGCUAAUGCCAAAAUUUGCCCAAUUCGUCUUUCAGCAUUAGGAAAAUUGCAGCAAAAAAGGGACCAAUCUCAAAAUAAAACAAGCAAAACUCUUAAUAGAGCGCACCAAGCCAUCAGGGGAGAGGCAACCUAUGCGUCUCUAUUAUCCAAAAACAAACUAACAGAACCACCACUAACCAGACAAAACACAAUAGUGACAAGUAACCCCAAAUUACACGAAUACAUGACAAACAAAUUAAAUAGCAACGACAUCAAGAAUAAAAAAAAAGACUUGACCCUCUCCUUUGAGGACUUCAACAAUGAUACCAUUGACGCCUUCGGGAUGGAUAUCAUGUCAUGUCUAAAAAUAAUGCAAUCCGUAACAAAAAAAUAUGCCAACACCAAAAACAGCGGCAACUCAAAAGCAGUUAAACAACAAAUCAUACUAGACUUUCUAUUCCAAAUGUCCAUGACAUAAUGCAGCUCAAAUGCAUUUUUCAAAAUGUUAAUUCACUCGUAUCUCUCCAAAAAAGAUACGAAUUAGACAACUUAUUAACAAUACACAAACCAGACAUCAUGCUCAUUGCGGAGCACCGCCUCAGCGACAAACAUAAUAUUCAAUUAACAAAUUAUAUGAUGACGAAAACAAUCUCAUAUUUUAUCAUAAGAAAAACUGUAAUCUCAAUCCAAAGGAUCUAGUCUUUAAUAAAAAUCAGUAAAAAUAAGAAUAUGAAUACCCAAAAACCCCUAACUCCCAUUGUACAUAAACCCACCCUUCUCCCACCAUCACCCACAUCCUCGUUAAUUAAUUAAUUAUUAAGUAGUUAUCAGUUAUAUAGUUAUAGUACUAGUCUUAAGAACAAACACAAAACACAACCCAAUGAAAAUGAGGUUUUUACUCUAAAAGAGUUUUCCUCAAACUAUGAUCUAAGCAUCAUCAUUAAUAGUACCAUCAAAACAUAAUCAAAGUACAAAAUAAACAUAUCAAACAAAAACACAACCAUAAGUUAAGCCUGGAGAAGCAUAAAGCACAAGGCAGCAUAUACCCAUACUAAUAUUAAUGUCUCUGGAUUUGUCAACCAUUGUUCAUAUAUAAAAUAAGGUAAAUAAUGUUAAUAUUACCCAACAACUUACUGACCAAUAAACAAAAAGUUAAAAAAAAAAAAAGUUUUGCAACUAAAAAGUGUAAUUUUAUAAAGAAUAAUGUCUGAUUCUGCAGUUGUAACAUCCGCGUCUCCAGUGGCUGCUCCACCAGUAGCAGCGGAGAAGAAGGUGGCCGCUAAAAAGGCAUCUGGAUCCGCUGCGGCUACUGCAAAGGCAAAGAAGCCCACAGCUCCACCAUCGCAUCCCCCAACUCAGCAAAUGGUUGACGCUUCUAUUAAGAGCUUGAAGGAACGUGGCGGCUCAUCGCUCCUGGCCAUCAAGAAAUAUAUUACUGCCGAAUACAAAUGCGAUGCCCAGAAACUAGCUCCAUUUAUCAAGAAGUACUUGAAGUCGGCCGUUGCCAAUGGAAAGCUGAUCCAAACAAAGGGAAAAGGUGCCUCUGGUUCGUUCAAACUGUCGGCUUCCGCCAAAAAGGAGCCCAAGCCAAAGGUUGCGUCGUCUGUGGAGAAGAAAGUGAAAGCCAAGAAGGUGGUGUCAUCGGCAGCAGCAAAGAAGACAGCAGGCCCCAAAAAAGCAGCCGGAGCCGGUGACAAGAAGCUAAAGGCAAAGAAGACAGUCGCCACCGCCACCAAGAAGACCGCCGAGAAGAAGAAAACUGAGAAGGCAAAGGCCAAGGAUGUGAAGAAAGCUGGAACCGUGAAGGCGAAGCCAGCAGCGGCAAAGGCCAAGUCGAGCCCUGCAAAGCCAAAACCAAAAGCAAAGGCUGUAGCUGCGCAGCGGCGUCUGCCAAGCCCAAGAAGGUGACGAAAAAGCCAGUUGCUCCCGCCACCGUAAAGAAGCCGAAAGCAAAGACGACGGCGGCCAAGAAGUAAAUUGCGAAAUUGUACACGUUGGUGUACACGGUCGCAUUCGAAAUUUUAGAUGAUUGUACAUCUGAAAUUGAUUUAAACAAGCCCUUUUCAGG